UGAUAACAUUUGUUGCUUUAGAAAAACACUACUUGUAUUCUUUCACCUUUUCACAAGAGAAUGGAGAAGACAAAGCUCAUUAUCGAUUGUGAUGCCGGAAUAGAUGAUGCACAAGCCAUAAUGCUGGCAGUGUCUAGACCGGAAUCGGAAGUCCUGGCAAUAACCUGUGUGAGUGGAAACACGGAAGUGGAUUAUAUCUGUCGAAAUGUAUUACGCGUGCUUACUGUGUGUGAUCGCCUGGAUAUUCCUGUAUAUAAAGGUUGCUCAAAGGCCCUCGUGGACCAUGGAAAAAACGCUAAAUUUUACCAUGGAAAAGAUGGCUUUGGAGACAUCACAGGCCUUCCGGAGAUAGAUCUUAAUCUGCUUCAAAAGGAGCAUGCGUCAUGUGCUAUAAACAGGAUAGUUGGUGAACAUGAGGGCGAUGUUACACUGGUAGCCAUUGGUCCACUUACAAACAUUGCGGUGGCUAUAAGACUCAAUCCAAACCUAGGAAAACAACUUAAGAAAUGUGUUAUAAUGGGAGGAAAUAUAGAAGGUCAAGGCAACAUAGAGGAUGGCACUGCAGCAGAGUUCAACUUUCACUGUGAUCCCGAAGCAGCUUAUAUGAUUCUACAUGAGUUAUCAUGUCCUCUCACUACUUUUUCAUGGGAAGCCGUUCUAAAGAAUACAUAUUCCUGGGAAUGGCUGAAAGAUAUUUUAAAUAUAAAGACUCCAAAAGGUGUAUUCCAUAACUCUAUACUACGGUCUUCACUUGAUAAACACAACGAAUGGAAAUAUCCUGCGUACAACUUUUGUGACCCUACUGUUGUCGCGAUUGCUUUACAGGAAGCCAUCGUUACUAAGUCGCGUGAUGUUUUUGCCACAGUAGAACUUCAUGGUAGAUUAUCUCGAGGACAAAUGAUUUGUGAUAAUUUAAAUUUACGUAACGAGCAGCCUAAUGUUAAAAUAGCAUUAGAAAUUGACACAGACCUUAUGAAAAAAAUGUUCACAUCUGUGUUUAAAGCAUUAUAAUUAAAUGAAUGCCACAAAAUCGCAUCACAUAGCUA